AUGGGUUCUUACGACCCUCUUCCUGCUUCUCCUCCCACUUCACCGCCCAAUGGUUUCAAUGGUCAACAAGAUGGUUAUUCUACCCCGCUGUUUGUUCAGCAGCCAAACAUUCUAUUCAUCAUGGCGGAUCAACUGGCUGCUCCUUUGUUGAAGAUGCACAAUCCAAAAUCCCAGAUCAAGACUCCCAAUCUUGACAAAUUGGCAGAACGAUCAGUUGUUUUCGACUCUGCCUACUGCAACUCACCAUUGUGUGCCCCAUCGCGCAUGUGUCUUAUGAGUGGUCAACUGCCGUCGAAGAUCAAGUCGUAUGACAACGCUUCUUCAAUUGGUUCUGACACUCCAACUUAUGCCCACUACCUUCGUGCGGCUGGCUAUGAGACCACCCUGGCAGGGAAGAUGCACUUCAUUGGAGACCAGCUUCAUGGUUAUGAGAAUCGCUUGACUGCUGAUAUCUACCCGGGAGACUAUGGCUGGGCGGUGAAUUGGGAUGAACCAGAUCGGAGAUUGGAGUGGUACCACAAUAGUAGUUCCAUCCUGCAAGCAGGACCAUGUGUGCGGACCAACCAAUUAGACUAUGAUGAAGAAGUUCUUUAUAAGUCCAAACAGUACCUCUAUGACUAUGCUAGAGCGGCCCCCGGAAAGCGGCCAUUUGCUCUCACGGUCUCAUUCACCCACCCUCAUGACCCAUAUGCGAUCGAGGACAAAUAUUGGGAUCUCUACGAAGGCGUUGACAUUGAUCUUCCAGACGUUAGAAUCAACGAAGAGGACCAAGACCCUCACAGCAAGCGUCUGAUGCAUGUUUGUGAUCUCAAAGGUUACAACUUCACCGAUGAGCAAAUCAAGCGUGCCAGACGCGCCUAUUAUGGUGCCGUCAGCUACAUCGAUGACAAUAUUGGUCAAUUGCUCGAGGUUUUGAAGAAGUGUGGCAUGGACGAAAACACCAUUGUCAUGUUUUCUGGUGACCACGGUGAUAUGCUAGGCGAGCGCAAUCUGUGGUACAAGAUGUCCUACUUUGAGAACUCCGUGCGAGUACCUAUGCUCAUCAGCCACCCUAAGCAAUUCAACCCUCAUCGCGUCUCUCAGAAUGUCUCGACCCUAGAUUUGAUGCCCACUCUGGUGGAUCUCAUCGGCGCCAAGCUGGUUCCUGGUCUACCCAUGGAUGGCGUAUCGCUGAUCCCUCAUCUGUAUGGCAUUGGUGGUCACGACACCGUCUUUGCAGAAUACAUGGGUGAGGGCACGGCAGCACCGUUGAUGAUGAUCAGGCGUGGGGACUGGAAAUACAUCACCUGUCCAGUCGAUCCACCACAGCUGUUCAACCUACGAAAGGACCCCAAGGAGCUGGAAAACCUAGCUACAAGCCUGGAUCCAGAGACCAGGGCAGUCUUUCAAGCCUUCGAGGCAGAGGCGUCCAGGAAAUGGGACUUCAACGCCAUCACCCAAGAUGUCCUACACACCCAACGCCAGCGUCGAUUCGUGUGGAGUGCUCUCACCCAAGGCCGUUUCGAGAGCUGGGACUGGAAGGGCAAUGAAGACGGGCGUACCAAGUACAUCCGCUCACAAAUUCCUCUGGAUGAACUCGAGCGAAGAGCUAGAUAUCCCAUCCACAGCACCGUCCCAGCAGAAAUCGCCGUCACGUCCAAAUCCGAGUUGGUCGUCCGCCAGCCACAACACCUUGUCAACUUGGCCACCGAACCGGUCCAUUAUCGCUAA